AUGAGCAUGGCCAUGCGCAACUCACCGCUAGGCGGCCUCUCAUCGCGCCUUUUCAAAACACUGCACGUCUCCAACCAAUGUGUUCGAUUACUCCACCAGAAAGCCGCCCGACCUGUUCCAGCCCCGACCCCUUUCGUCCCCGAUGUCGAGACCUUUCUCAAGCUGAUUGGACGUGAGAUGUCCAAGCAAGCCAGCAAGAUCCCCACAUGGGAGGACCUCUUCAACCUCAACUCCAACCAGCUCCGUCAAGCCGGUCUCGAACCAGCCCGCCAGCGACGUUAUCUGAUCCGGAAGCGCGAGAAGUUCCGCAAUGGCGUGUACGGACCAGGAGGUGACCUGCACACCGUGGUGGACGGUGUUGCGCAAUUGCGCGUGGUCGAAGUGCCUGUGAGCGCUCGGGGCCUGACAUACGAAGGCACACAAGCGACGGUGCAGACUUCCUCCGCAACACUGGCCCCCGGGAUGACGAAAGCACUUGUGAACCUGGCCCCCGAUGCCACCACAUAUCACUACAACAAGUCGGCUUCGAUCGCCAAAUUUGCCGGCAUGAAAAUUCACCAUGGAUCGGCUCCCCGGGGCCCACACUUGCAGCCCCUGAAGGGUUCUAAUGGAACUGCCGCUCUCAUCUCUGUGGAGGAAGGUAUGUGGGAGGACAAGCGGGGACACAAGGUCGACGGUGGUGAGCGACGACGCAGAGAGGUGCAGAACAAGAAGAGACUCGAUGAGAGGAAGAAGGUAUGA